AUGAAUAUUACUAUUAAUAUUAUUAUUCUAUCAGUCAUUAUUCUAUAUUUCAUCGAAUGGUUAUAUAUGAUACAUUCGUGUGAACAUCAAGUCUUUGAAUCUUAUACAAAUAGAUCAAGAUGGAUCGAACUUGAUUUAUGUUUCAAUUCCUAUGCAUCAUUUGGUCUUCUGUUCAUUAUCAAUAAAUGUUCAUUUGGUCUAUUACAUGUUGUCGAUAAAUUUUCAUUUAGUCUAUUACAUGUUGUCGAUAAAUUUUCAUUUGGUCUAUUACAUGUUGUCGAUACAUUUUCAUUUGGAUUGUCAAGAAUUUAUGAUGAGCCAUUCACAAUAAUUAUGAUCGUACUCGUUGGACUUUUUGCCGGUGGAGUGAUUAAUCGUAGCAGUGAUCUAGGAAUAACAAUGAUGGAGCUAUUUCAUACGAUCCGCCAUGAUAUGUCAAUAGCAUUAAAUGAAUUAUGGUCAUCUAUUAAAAAUGCUAUUAUGACAGUUUAUCGGUCAAUCACGCUUGUCAAAAUUAUAGAACUCUCGUUUCUUGGAUUGAUAUUGAAGUCUUUAUCUGAAUUACCUCCACUUUUAUUUAAAACAUUUGAUAAAACAGCGAAAUUAUAG